AUGCCAGGAAGUGGAUCUCACUGGGUCACCCAGACUAAGUUAAUUUCCGCAGUAUGGCAGCACUUGCACAUAGCUCGCGGUGCGACAGGAGUGGACGACACGCACAAGUUCCUUGGCAACGAUACACACACUGACUACUUCAGAUUGUUGCUACGAGAUGGAAACUAUUUGCUAGUAGGUGGCAGAAAUGUUGUCUACAACCUCAGUUUGACUGACCUUACGGAACAGCGAAGAUUAGUGUGGUACUCAUCAGAAAAUGACGUCCAAAUGUGUGUCGUCAAAGGAAAAGAUGAGGAGAGUUGCCAGAACUACAUCCGCGUGCUGGUAUCACUCGGCACGGGGCGCCUAUUGGUCUGCGGCACGAACAGCUUCAGACCUUUCUGCAGAGAGUACAGCGUGCAACGCGACUCUUACCAUAUGGAAAAAGAGAAGUCCGGACAAGCAGUAUGUCCGUAUGAUCCCGAACAUAACUCAACAGCUGUUUACGCGGAUAACGGUAAAAUAAUAAAGGCAAUCAACGCCGUGUCAUACGAUUCGAACAAGCGCGCGGUGCCGGUGGUGAUAGAGGAGCUGCAGGCGUUCGCGGCGGGGUCGCCGGUGCGCGCACUGCGCGUGGCGCGCGCCGGCCGCGACGCCGCGCGCCUCAUCGCCGUUUCCGACCGCGAGGUGCUGAGUCUGCGCCUACAUAGAUGUUCCAGCGAUAAGAUUAGUUCUUGCUCAAUCCAAGCGGAACCGAAGCUGUUGCAGCAGGUGGAGGAAGUGACGUACGCGGAGCCGGUGCUGGCGCCGCCGCCGAAGCCGGCGUCGCCGCGCGCCACGCUGCGCAAGCACCCGCCCUACCACCCGCACCACGAGACGCUGUUCCAGUUCCAGCCGGACGCGUACCGGCGCGACAACUUCGGCACCCUGCGCUCGCACCAGGUCAAUGUCAUGUCGCAGCGCAGCAGCGGGUCGGGGUCGGGGUCGGCGACCGGGUCGUCGUCGUCGCCCUCGCCGCCCUCGUCGUCGCCGUCGCCGUCGGGCGAGCGCCCCCCCACGCCGCCGCCGCCCGCGCCGCAGCCCUGCGCCUACAUCUACCGCAAC